AUGGACUUUCUUGAUCUCACACGGGAAGUUAACAAAUACUUGGGCAGAGAUGAUACAUACCUUGAAAAGGUUAAGUUGAUCGAUCUAUUCCCUGAAAAUCAAAAAAAUAAGCUAAAACAAUCUGAAUUCAGAAAUGAUUAUUUGAAAAUCGAUAAUGCAUUUAAUGAUCUAUUUAAUUCACAUAUCCUUGAUCCCUACAAAGAACAAGCUAAUUUGGAAUCAUUCUUAGCGAGCAAAUGCAGUCAAACGAUGGUUGUUUCAUCCAGUAGUAGUCUCACACCUGUCCAUUAUAAUCGGUCUCCACCAGAGUCAAAAACAACCAAGGGUAAGCAUAAACGACACAAGCGUUCAAAAAUCGAUGUAGAAAAUGUGGUCUGCGUGGUGUGUAGAAUCACUUACACGCCAGAGUGGAGAUUAAACGCAAAAGGUGAACGCGUUUGCAACCGCUGUGGACUGCGUGAACAAAAUGAAAUCAAACGAGCGAACAAAAAUAAGCAAACAACGAAAGGUCAACCAUCUUGUUCUCCAAGUUCUGAUGAAACGUUGUCUCUGUCUCCAGCUAACUCUCCAAGUAUAAUCAACCAACAACUAACAUCUUUUCCAAGAGACACCACCACUACAUUCAGUAAUGCCUCUAUCCCACCUUCUUCCCCUUUCUCAAAUGCUUACUCUCAACCUCCAAUUACAAGAGGCAGUAGCACUGAAAUACAUAAUAACUCGUUAGAAUCUGUUAAUUAUAUGGAUAGAGAUAAUAAUAAUAAUUAUAGCUAUAAUAAUAGUAACUAUAGCUAUAAUAAUAGUAUCUAUAGUUAUAGUAAUAAUAAUUAUUAUUAUAGAUAUAGAUAUAAUAAUAAUAGUUAUAGCUUUAUUGAUGUCAUUAAUAAUAAUAAUAAUAAUAAUAAUUAUAGUUAUCACUCUAAUGGUAAUAAUAAUACUUAUAGUAGCUAUAGUAAUAGUUAUAGCUAUAAUAAUUAUAACUAUUUUAAUAAUAGCAAUAAUUAUAAUAAUUAUAUUAACAAUAGCAAUAAUAACAAUAAUAAUAGCAAUAAUAAUAACAAUAGCAGCCAUAAAUAA